UCCACACCUCCCGAGCGUAGGUACACCUCAACCUGCAUUAGUUAGCCACGCAGCUCAGGGCCGAAGGUACUGGUUCAUUGGCCACCAAGGCUUAUUUUUCAACAUGUCUCAUCAAUCUACUUCGGUGAGCUUGAUGCCUUGCGAGGCACAUUUCCAGGCGUCACAUAGCCCGCGGACGACAAUAUCAAAAUGCCACAAGACCAAUUCGAGUAUUUGUACAAUACAAUGCCUCCUCCCCAAGACUCCCGAAUAUAUAGUGACUACUCGAGGAACGCUGUUGCCAUGGUGCUGCACAGACUCACUCCAGCGACCAAGCAGAGUUCGCAUCAACAUAGGCAGUUGCACCAUGACCCGGUUCGUUACACAACGUCACAACGCCCGCCGAAUCCCGUCCGAGACAUGGGAAAAAUUCAAGCCCAUUCUCCGGAGCAAGUACCUCGAUGAAAACCGAACCCUCAACGAUGUUAUGGAGCACAUGAAAACCGAACACAGCUUCGAUGCCACGAGACGCCAAUACAUACACCAAUUCGAUAUUUGGGGGUUCCGGAAGUAUACCAAGUCGGAUCAACCCGCGCCCCCAACGAGAUUGCCUCGAAGAUCUCCGGCAAAGAGGUCAGAUGCUCGGCCGUCAUCCAACAAGCCGCGCCCCUUGGCCAAAGACACGCUUUCUUCAAGGGCUAGACCCGUCAAGCCUUUUGCCGCUCAAGCUCCCGCUGCUCUGACACUAAGCCUUCCUGCGUCAACAGUCAAGCCGCCCGCUACACCCGCGCCAGAGCCUUACCAGGUACGCUUGGAUUCGGACGAGGCAGUGAAUCAACACCGCUGGCUCGCCGAUAUCCUGAAGGAAUUGGGAGACGCGCACUACUCCUUUGGCGUAUACCGUGCGCUAUACGAGAAGACUCACCCCAACGGCAAGCGCCUCGUAGCUAGCAUUUUCGCUUGUGUCCGCACAGCUCAAACCGACAGACAGGCAAAUGAAGUUCAGAAAAUGCUGGUCAACGACAUGGAGACGGUGCAGGAGCAUGGCGAGAACACCUGCUCUAAUUUUCUGUUCGACCUCAUGUGGGGCCAUGCCCAGGGCCCGGACUUGAACGCCGAAAGCGACCGCAUCCAGCUGCUCGAAAAGGCCAUCAACGACAACGUAGUGGACGACGGCGGAUUAGAGCGUCUGCGGACGCUCAAGCCCCGAGGACCAAGCCUCGACAUACCCACCUUCGUGCUGCUUGGCUCAACGCUCGCGCAGUACAACCAGUGUACUGACUUUGACGUAGAAGAGGAGUACAUCUGCAACAUUGACGUCUUGGAGCAGUUCAGGAGCCAGCAGCCUGCUUUCAGCGGUGAUGCUCAAAAUACCGACCCGCUCCUUCAGAUCGACUGUCUGAUGUCGUGCCUGAAGUGGUGCCUCGUCGUGCUGCAACACUCUCCUUCAAUCCCUCAAGUGAUCCGCGUCACGGAUGGCAACGAGGUGACAGAGGCUUACCAGGUCUUGCUUACGCUCUGGUGUAUCCUGGUUCGCUCGUGCAUGCCGUCCUUGUCGGACUCAAACAUUUUGGAGCUCGAGAAUUGCCCUAACCUAGACAUUUCCUGGGCCGAGAAGGCCCAUCAGCAGCUGGAUAUCUCAGCCACCGAGCUCCUCAGCACCAUGGUUGGCAUGAUGCUAGCCGCCACGUCGACAAAGCAUGAGACAGGUACGGACGCGGCCGCAGCCGCGUUGGAUCGAGCCCUGGACGGCGCCCGAGCUCUCGAGAAGCUGAGCACCCUGAGUUCAGAGACUCUGAUCCUGCGCUUCCUCAACCAGGUGCUCGCUCACAAUCUGCAGCUUAUGGUACCGCUAGAGGACGACAUCCACCAUUCUGCGGACUCCAAUGCGUCAUUCGAGGAGGCCGUCGCCGUCGCCAGAAUGAUCACCCCGUUCCGUGAUUUCGCCACCAAAGUGCUGGGCAUCCAAGGCUUGCCUCCGCUUGCGCCCGGUGUGUCCGUUUGCCCGGCUCUGCUCGAACCGGCUAUGUAUGCACUGGAGAAUCGCUGGCUCGAACCCAUGGGGGCCUACUACUCCUCCCCGGGACUAGUAGCCCAUGGGAUGAUGGGUGUGCCCAUGACGAUGAAAGGCUAUGCCGAGUUCCUGACACCGGAAGCAUUCUCUCGGUUGUUGUCCUCUACGUCAGAGAUGCCCGAGAACGAGGAAAAACAGGAUGGGGAGAAGGCAACGAAGGGUAAGGAUAAGGAUGAAAAGAGCGAUGGGCACGGAGGCAGGGGGCAGGACGAAAUGGACAUCGCUUUCGAUUGAUAUAUUAGUGGCGCAUAAGGAUAUACUGGACGACUUGGAUUUUCGGCUACGUCUGGAUGGGCUAGAUAGAGGCGAAGGCGGAGUAUCUUGCCUUUCUCACGUUCAAAAGAAUGCCAGAUAGGUUAUGAUAUAGGCUGGCUUCUACCCACUGUGCGUUCUUUGCAUACAAUUUCUAUUAGCGGCAAUGAUCAGGUAUAGAUUUUCAACAGCCCAGCAGAUAGAGAAGAGACUCAGUUACAUCAGGACAUCAGGGAAAACGGACGCGGGUAUACGUACAAGGCAAAAUUCCAAUUCAGACA